UGGUGUCCCUGUUUUUACGUCCCCGGCAGAGGGCAGCCUAGCGGCGGCGCGGGUUUCCCAGCCGGCGGCUUUAGGGCGCGACACCCGGAAGUGGCGGCUGGAGCGGGAGCGUAGAGUUGUCGGGCGGCGGGACAGCGGCCCGGAAUAGGGGGCGGGGGCGUUGGUCAUGUUUCCCUUCGGGCCCCACAGCCCGGGCGGGGACGGGGCGGCUGGAGCGGAGGAGCCGCCACCUCUCGGAGGGCCGGCGGCAGCUUCCAGACCGCCCUCUCCAGCUCCGCGGCCGGCGUCUCCGCAGCGAGGAGCUGACGCGGCCUCUCCCCCGCCGGUCGCCGGGAGCCCUCGCCUCCCGGGCGGCCCCGCGGUGUCCCCGGCCGAGCGCGCCGGAGAGUUCGCGGCUCCCGGAGCUCUGGAGUUGUCCGCCGCGUCGGCGUCGCAGGCAAAGCUGUCACCCUCCUCCUCGCCGCGCAGACGCUCGAGGCCGGACUGGAGGGCGGGCGGGCGGAGCCGGCAGGGCCUCGGCGCAGGCCUGGGCGGCCCCGGGGCCAGACUGUUCGGAUGGCUGAGAGAGCGAAGCCUCGGUCGCGGGCUGUUCGUGGACCCGGCUCGGGACAAUUUCCGCACGAUGACUAACCUGUAUGGGUCCAUCCAUCCCGCAGACUCGGUGUACCUCAGCACCCGCACCCACGGUGCUGUCUUCAACCUCGAGUACUCUCCGGACGGGUCAGUGCUGACAGUUGCUUGUGAACAGACUGAAGUUCUGCUUUUUGACCCUAUAUCUUCAAAGCACAUAAAAACCCUUUCUGAAGCACAUGAAGAUUGUGUGAAUAAUAUCAGAUUUCUUGAUAACCGGCUCUUUGCUACCUGCUCUGAUGAUACCACAAUAGCACUAUGGGAUCUGAGAAAAUUGAACACCAAAGUAUGCACUUUACAUGGUCACACUAGCUGGGUGAAGAACAUCGAAUAUGACACUAAUACAAGACUCUUAGUAACAUCAGGAUUUGAUGGAAAUGUCAUUAUUUGGGACACUAACAGGUGCACAGAAGAUGGGUGUCCACAUAAGAAAUUCUUUCAUACACGUUUUCUCAUGAGAAUGAGAUUAACACCAGAUUGUUCCAAAAUGUUGAUCUCAACAUCCUCUGGAUAUCUCCUGAUCUUGCAUGAGCUGGAUUUAACUAAGUCUUUAGAAGUAGGCAGCUAUCCCAUUUUGAGAGCAAGAAGAACUACUUCAAGUUCAGAUUUGACCACUACAUCAAGUUCUUCUGGUUCUAGAGUUUCUGGUUCACCUUGUCAUCACAAUGAUUCAAAUUCAACUGAGAAACACAUGUCACGAGCCUCUCAACGAGAAGGAGUUUCACCACGAAAUAGUCUUGAAGUGUUAACCCCUGAAGUUCCUGGUGAGAGAGAUCGGGGAAACUGUAUCACUUCCUUACAGCUGCAUCCUAAGGGCUGGGCCACCCUUCUUCGGUGCUCAAGCAACACUGAUGAUCAGGAGUGGACCUGUGUCUAUGAAUUCCAGGAAGGAGCUCCAGUGCGGCCUGUCUCCCCUCGCUGUUCCCUGCGGUUGACUCAUUACAUUGAGGAAGCAAAUGUGGGCAGGGGCUACAUCAAAGAACUUUGCUUCAGCCCUGAUGGACGAAUGAUUUCUUCCCCACACGGUUACGGGAUUCGCUUGUUGGGAUUUGACAAACAGUGCAGUGAGCUUGUUGACUGUUUACCCAAGGAAGCCAGUCCCCUGCGGGUGAUUCGUUCUCUGUACUCUCAUAAUGACGUGGUUCUGACAACAAAGUUCUCUCCCACACACUGUCAGAUCGCCUCAGGGUGCCUUAGUGGACGGGUCUCUUUGUAUCAGCCAAAGUUUUAGGCACAACUUACAUCAAAUGAGGAACUCUUCUGGUGUUUGGCUUAUAAAUUACUUCAAUUUAGGUGAAGUAUUUUCUUUUUUAGAAGAUCUUAUAAGUUUGGAUCAAGAUCUUGGUUCUUAUGGGUCAGUGGACAUAUAUAUGUGUGACCUGAGUACUUGGCCUUCCAGCGUCAUCUGGGCAUCUCCAUGUCAACCACUCACCCUGUUCUGUCAGCACUCCUUUGCUCCUGUCUGUGCCGCUGAGCUUGGGUUUCCUGGUCAUUGUGCAUGUGGUUCUUGUUCUCCUCAUCCCUGUCUCCACCAUUCCUCUCUGCCUCCGUCCUCUUUUUUGAUUUUGGUAUGAAUUUUAUGGACAUUUGGCAGGAGCCUUGGUUGGGAUGAGAAAACCCAUGGCACUAGUAUUAAAUAAAACUCAGAAGUUGGAUGUUGGCACACUGGUGAUUGAAAAAGUUCAUCUUCAUUUAUCAGUAUACUUGGCCUUUAAAGUUGCUGUCAGAUAUUGAGCACAGUAAUAGCAUUCUCAUGACUUUCAGAAACUCUUGCAACAAGAUAGCUUUUUAAAGUGUCCUGCUAAAAUGACACCUUUAUAUCUCAUGUGGGAUUUUGUUGUGAAAUUCUAGAAAAAUAUUCUAACCUCUCUUUGUAAUUUAUUUUACUUGUAUGAAUUUAAGAUCUCCAGCAUGUGUCUUUACUUGGUAUUCUCUUCCGGUCAGCAGCAUUGGAGGGGAAAGGAAGAGUCAUAAGCCUGGUCAUUUCCAUUGUACAGAAGACUUAUUUAUUCAGGAGGUCGGCGCAGUAUCCGGCCAACGAGUGAGGAGAUUAAUGUGACUUAGAUUGGCUGUGAGUCUUUUAAUCACACAGAUGAUGUGCUUAUAGUAAUGAGGUGGGAUAGAAAUCAAGUAAAGAUUUUAUUGUGUUUGUUCCUUCAACCAGGGAUCAGUUCUCAGAAGGGAGCUAGAGUCCUCUUUAAGCUGCUGUCAUAAACCUAGAGUCAGUGACCUGACUAACACUGCUGUCCUGUGUUUGGCUAUGGAAAGUCUGGGAGACAACGUGUAAGCCCAGGCUGCUCCAGUCUUGAAUGGGCGAUGUCCUGCCAGGCUCUGCUACAUUGGUUGGUUGGUUUGUUGAUUGACCGACUGAUUGAUUGAUUGAUACUGUGUCGAGAUAUGUUAGAAGCUGGAAUAAUUUAAGCCAUGCAGCAGUAGCCUUGUUCUCUUUGGUCACAUGCCCUUUAGGCCAGUGCUUCUUUAAUAUUGGGAUGCAGUACAAUGUACCCUGAAGGACUGGUAAAAAGUGCAAGAAUCCAGGCUGGACCUUAAGGCUGACUUAGGCAGGGAAAGAACAGAACUCUAUGUAAACGGAACCUCAAAUCAGCAUCCAGGUGGCCUCUAGGCCACAGUUUAAAACACAACUUGAAAUGCAGUCGAUACUUCUUUAUCCAUUUGGUGCUUAACAUAAUUCUCACAAGAUGUUUCAUCUAUUUAAAUAGUAAUAAUAAUCAAUAGUAGCAAUUUUAGAGUAGAAAAUAACUUGAAGUGAUAUCCAAUUCAUUGUUGGACAAAUGAAAGAAGUCACAUGAUUUGCCUGUGGUCAUACAAAGUCAAUUCCUUGCUCAGGGCUUUUAAAAACACCAGUGAUCGUGGACAUCUUGUCUUUAUUAUUGUAAAUACGAUGAUAGGAUUGGAAAAGGAGGACAUGGGAGUAGAUGCUGAGAGCUUUAUCCAUAGGAAAGAAGUAUUUUAGUACUUGAGAAAUUAGCAGCCCAAGUGUGAGUAAACACAGCAGUUCUCUCUGUACCCAUCACACAGCCGCUCACACAUCCGGAAGAGCUUGUGUCUCACUGAGAACAGUGCUAACUCUGUGACAGUCUCGAAGAGUCAACACUUCUCAUCACAGAUGCUGGAAAAGCUGGAAAUGUUGUAGUCAUUGAAAAAUACAACCAAGCACAAUGGAAAUCAUGGGCUUGCUUGCCGUAGCUUUGGAAAAAGGUUGCUUUUUGGGUCUUUUUUUUUCCCCCCCAAAGAAAAUAGUUUGGGAGGAAAGUAUAGCAAUUAAUACCUUCACAGUGAAAAACGUUCUAUAAGGAUCAAGUCGACACUCAAAAGAAGACUCCAUAAAGGACAUCAGUCUGUAAAGAGUUCUGUGUCAGAUGUUAUACCCACGUGUCACCUAACGCAAGCCAGGGACCUUCGAAUCACUGUCGCUGAAUACCUACUCUGUGUUGAGGAAUGUGUCUGCUUUAAUCUACCACGGGCCCCUACAAAGACCCUUAUUGUAAGGUAGGUGGAAUGAGCGUCAAAUUAUGUUGAAAGUAGCAGAGUGUUAAAAAAUGAAGUGACUUGCCUGCAGCCACAGAUGGCAGAGGUGGCAGCACUGGAUUCAGACGGAGGUUUGCUGUCAAUUUUAUUGCUGAGACUGCACUGACUCCUCUGCGUUUUGCCCCUUAGUUCAUGGAGGAGGAGUUACACUGGUCUGCUAGUCCAUGUGUUUGCUAUCUUCUGCAAAGUUUUAUCACACAGUUGGCCUCAUUCCCUUGAGUACUGCAUAAAAGAACAUUUCAAGCACUGAUGUUUCCAUGAGACUGGAGAGCAUAAACUCAGGCCAUUUCUAACAAAAACUAUGCAGAUGAGUCCCCAUGGUGGCGAAAAAGUGGAUAGUCAGCCUUGUAAGAAGCAAAGCCACACAGAUGAGAAGUGACAAGAGCCAGCAAACUGAGCAGGGAUCCGUUGCCCUCUCUGAAGAGCAGUCAGGAUCAAGAUAAAAUCAGACAGUACUAACCAAGGAAUUGAUCGGUCUCAGAAAACCUGAUCUAUUGGGAAAAGUUACAUAUCUUAAGGUCCCUUUUUGUUUUUGAUUUUGGCUUUUUGAGACAGGGUUACUUUGUAUAGACCAGGUUGCCUUCAAAUUCACAGAUGUCCACCUGCCUCUGCCUUCCAAGUGUUGGGAUUAAAGACAUGUGCCACCACAGCCUGGCCUUAGGGUCUCACUUUAAUAAUCUAAAACUCUGUUAGGUUUUUUUACUGUUUUUAUUUAGCCAUUUUUAUUAUAAUUGGUAUAAAUAUAUUUUAAUUGAUAAUGAAGUUAUUACUGUUGGUAAAGCUUCCUUUGGAAGAGUCUAUUAAUGGGAAUGCUAUGUUGGAUGACUUACAGAUGUAUCAAAUAUACAGUAGUUGCUUAUUUUCAAUCAUGAAAUAAAGAGCUAAAGUAAGAAACUUCUACUUUAAAAAAAAAUGUGACCACAGUUCGGGGGCCAGGGGAACAUACGCUUUUAAUUCCAGAAGUGGGGAUGCAGAGGCAGGAGGAUCUUCUGUGAGUUUGAGGUCAGCGGGUCUACAUAGUAAGGUUCUGGGCUAGCCAGAGUUAUACAGUAAGACCCUGCUUAUUUAAAAAAAAAAAAAAAAAAAAGUCUUUUUUUUCCUCAGAACCCAAAACAUAUGUAUAUUUUGUUUUUUCUCCCCAUUGUAUUCCUAAGAAGGCAGCAUAGCAAAAAAUUUUAGAAAACAACACAAGGAAAAUAUAAAUUUCAUAUUCUCUACUCCUGCAUCGAGGACCAAAUCACAUUUUUAAGGCUGUGCCCUCUAGAAGGUGAGAAUAAAGAAAUACAUCAAGAAUCUUUUAGAAGGCGGGUGUUUCUCAUACUGGAGUAUGCAGCAGUGUCCAUACGAGUCUGUUACACUUGGCUUUUAUUUUUAUUUAUUUUUUGAGACAAGAUUUCUCUGUAUAGCCUUGGCUAUCUUAGAACUCACUUUGUUACCCAGGCUGGCCCACGACUCAGUUUCCCUUGCCUCUGCCUACCAGAUGCUGCGAUUAAAGGCAUGUACCACCAUACCUGGCUUUCAUUUGGCUUUUAUGAAAGCAGGAGACAUGGCCUGAUAACUUCCUGAUGACAAUCAUCUUUAUUCUGUGACCAGUGGUCUUGGUCCACUCAGUAACACCUUCUGUUGGUCGUGAAGGAAUCCGUAUAUAUGACUUCUGUUUAGAUAACUAAUGCAUAUCUUUUUAAGUGCCAAAAUUUUAAAUUUUCAGUUAUUUUUUUGAUGCAAGUCUCCUUAGGGAUGGUAGUCUACCUCCCUGCCUUUUUAAACAACAUGCUCAGCCUAAUUCACUUCAUCAUGAAGUUAUAUUCAUGAUGUUUUAUUGCAAAUGGCCAGUACGGUCUGGUCCACGCAAACAGUAAAACAUCUCAUAGAACACAAAGGGCUAUAACAGAUUCCAGGAAUGUCCCCUAGUAAGUGAUUCCCUCAACGAUGGAAUUAUUUCCCUCAGUAUUAGCUUUAAAAAGUGUUUGAUGUCUGCAGAGUGAUGCAUUCUAUCAGCGAGCCUGUUUCUAACAGGCUCCCACUUUCUUCUGUGCUGUCUCCAAGUUCUGGGCUGUGACAUGAACUGACCAGUUCUGGUCGGUGCCUACAAAAUAACUGGACCAAAGCUCCCAGUUAAAGGUGGGGCUACUCUAACCAAGUAAGGGGAGGGAGUAUGAGCAUGCACUGCUGCUGCUGGAGUGGAGUGUGGUGAUGACAAGGGCUCUGCCUCUGCAGGGAGGCAGGCCUUCGUGCUUUUAACAACAAAGAAGCGUGCAGAAGAGAAAGGAAGGAAAAGGAAAAUCCAGGUAGGCCGAAGACUCUGGGAGAUGGCACUGAAUAACCAUUAAAAUGUACUCUUGAUUACCAUGUUAAAGUCAGUUUAGUGACACUGUAGAGUAAGGCUGCACUAUGUGUACAUCCUCUGGAGAACUCGAGACUGUGAAUAUCCUGAGAACUGCACCCCUCCGAAUGGUAAUGGAAAUCAGCACCAAGAGGAAAGUCUCCAGUUUGCCUGUGUGCUGCUGUCUUGAGUUGUAAAUAACCUGAGAGAGGUUUAAUCAAAAGUCCCAGUGGUUAAGAGCACUGGCUGCUCUUCCAGAGGUCCUGAGUUCAAUUCCCAGCAACCACAUAGUGACUCACAACCAUCUGUAAUGGGAUCCAAUGCCCGCUCCUGGUGUGUCUGAGGACCAGUACAGUAUACUCAUACAUAAUUAAUUAAAAAAAGGAAGUCCCAAGGAGCACAUCUCAUGCAGACAUCUUUUGAAUGUAUGUAUAUAUAAAUGUCACUGUAAGUGACGCUUACCCCUAAGAAUAAUAAAGUAACAUUCAGGAUUUAGAUCUGGUCCCAAUCUGUAUUUUCCCCUAUACAAAGAAUAGAUAUUUGAAUUUUCUUUUAAAUUUGGCUGCAUCCUUCAUUUCUGAACUCUGCUUCUUUUUGGGGGGUGGGGGGAGGAUUGGGGGGCACCAAACUUUAGGUUUGUAUUUUUGGCAAGCUUGGAAUAUUCUAGUUAAUAUGCUGUCAGCCAGAACACUCUCUUAGCAGGUUCUAAGGUGCUAUUGGGUCUUCUGCUAGACUGUGCGCUCCUUGAGGGCAGGGCUAUCUUUAUUAUUGUAUCCACGGUGCCUGGGAUAGUAUCUGACAGAGUAGUUGUUCAAUAAAUAUCUGUUGAAUGAAUUAAAUAAACCUUCACUACGUGUGGCCUCAA